AUGAGCAUAGGUGAAAAACCUCCAAUGGAGUUCCGUAAUCAUCGCACAAAGAAACCUAAGAAAGAGAUGGACUGCAGUCGUCUUAUACCAACAGAGAUCAAUCUAGAUAUUUUUUCUCGCUUAUCCUUCAACCACAUCUUGGAAUGUAAACGAGUAUGUAAAAAUUGGCAAAGGCUACUUCUUGAUCCUUGUUUCCCUCGUAUGCACUUAAGGCCUAGUCAAUUUCAACUUGACGAUGAAAACAGACAAGGUAAUAGUUCUUACAGGUUUUCUAAUGUUAAUAUCAUGAGUUUUCUUUUCGGUUGUUUCAUUGAGCGUGAGCAUAUUUACGUUUACGGAGAGUACGAUAAGAGUGAUGGCCAGAAAUUUAACAAGUCAAUUACUGUAAGCAAACCCAUUCCAAAAAUUAUGGGAGGUAUGUUUCUUGGUUUGUGCGAUGGUUUAGUUCUAUGCCAACAACCACUGGUAUUCCUAGAAAAUGAUGGUCAAUCCAUGGAUGCAUAUGUUUCUCUCGUUGUAUCAAACCCCAUGACAAGAGAAUACGUGAAUCUUCCAAAAUUCAACGAGCCAUACAGACAUCGUUUCAUGAUGUUUGGGUUUGGCUACGAUUCUUCCACUAAUGUUUACAAGGUUGUUAGAAUUUUCUACCCUUGGCACCAAAAAAUGCAUGAUGGUGGUUCCUUUGUUGGACAAAUCUACGUAUACACUCUUGGGUGUCGUGGCAGUGGAUGGAGACCCGCAGGAAACAUCGACCAUCAUUUGGAUGAAAAACCAGGUGUCCUAGCAAAUGGAGCUCUUCAUUGGCUUGGAAAGAACAAGAACAGGAUACUUGCCUUUGAUUUGGCAGAUGAGAAAUUUCGAGAAAUCGCAGCACCCCCUGGUUUAGACCUUAGUUAUAAGCAGACCUCCCGAUUUAGUCUCAGGGUAUUUGGAGGGUGGUUAUGUAUUCACCAUAAACUCAAUGAAGAAUCUCUCACAACGGACAUAUGGGUAUUAAAGAAGAAGAAUACAACAGAAAAUUCCAGUUGUGGCCGUAGUAUUAUAGGCAUCAUAGGAAAUCAGCAUGCGGCUUGGAGUUGGACAAAGGAAUUCAGUAUGCUUGGAUAUUCAGAGUCGUUUAUAACAUAUUUAAACCCAUUAGCUAUUACAAAGAACGGUCAACUUCUACUAUUACAGAAUAAGUGCAUUUUAACACGAGACGAAUAUCGGAGAUUAAGUAUUUCACAUUACAGUGCUGGCCUAACUCAUGAACUUUUAUCAGAUAAAUUCUUUCAACAAAGUCUUGUCCGUUACAACCCGAAAACUGAAGCCUUGGAAAAGACAUGUGACACCGUUAUGCAAUUGCCAACCGUGGGAUUUCCCUUUAUUAAGAGCUUUCUUUCAUUGAAAGAUCUAGGAGAAAAAGAAGCUAAUAAAAUCUGA